CAACCGGAAGUGUUCAUUUAACGGUUGUUUUAGUUUGUGUCUGUGUGAAUCUGCGGCUUCUGUCCGAGAACUUUCAGAAUUCCCGUGGACUUUUAUAAGUGUGCGCGCGCGCGCCUCACCUUUUUCUUCUCCCCGCCCCCCCCCACCCCGGUAACGUUUCUCCGGUGCAUCUCUCCGUGAUGUCGGGCUCGCAGCUGCUCAGACUGCGGGUCAACGAGCGGCUGGAAGCGGCCGUGGAAGAAAUAUUCGGCCUCGUCGAGAAGACGAUAGCGGAGUACGAAGAGGACGCAGUCCGCUCCAAGAGAGAAAUCGGCCAGCUGAAGCGGCAGCUCGAGCAGCUGGUCGUUUUAAAACCGGAAGUGAUUUUAAACAGAGCAGACACCAAACCGGUUUCUGAAGAACUGCCUUCUUCAUCGCAGCAGCGUUGCAUAAAGUUGGAAGAGAUCCUCGUUCUGGAGAAAACGGAGAUCCCGGAGCCCCCGCAGAUCAAGGAGGAGCAGGUGGAGCGGUGCAUCAGCCCGGAGGUGUCGGCCUCCACCUCCGAGGAGGACGAAGACGGAGAUCCCGAUUCGGAACCGGACGGCGACUGCUCCCGGCUCCCGGCGUCCGCGGCCGGAACCGUUAAAGAAAGCGAAUGGAAGCAAAGAGGCGGCCCUCCUGCGUCCCGUCAGGGCCGGAGCGUGGACGUCUUCGUGGGACUGGAACAGCCUCCCAGGGGAGACAAGUCCUGCCGUUUCUGCGGCAAAACCUUUAGGAAGGACUCUAUUCUCAUCAGGCACGUGGCCAAGAGUCACAAAGGACACAAGGCCUUUAAGUGCAUGGAGUGCAAAAAGGAGUUUGAACAACGGUACCACGUGAUCCAGCACACGAGGGUCCACACGGGCGAGAAGCCCUUCAGCUGCGACUACUGCGACAAAACCUUCGCCCAGAACUCGAGCCGCAUCGUGCACAUGAGGGUUCACACCGGGGAGAAACCCUAUCUCUGUAACAAGUGCGGCAAGAGCUUCGCCAUCAGCAGCCACUUGAGGUUUUGCCGAGGGACGCAGAACAAGAGCGCGAGCGACUUCCGCUGCUCGACGUGCGGCCGGACCUUUCACGCCGAGUCCAACCUGAAGGUGCACAUGGAGAUCCACGAGUCGUGGAAACUACACAUGAGCAAGAAGCUCCAAGGACAGGAGGUGGAAGAGGAGAACCCUCUGCUCAGACUGCGGGUCAACGAGCGGCUGGAAGCGGCCGUGGAGGAAAUAUUCGGCCUCGUCGAGAAGACGAUAGCGGAGUACGAAGACGGAGCAGUCCGCUCCAAGAGAGAAAUCGGCCAGCUGAAGCGGCAGCUCGAGCAGCUGGUCGUUUUAAAACCGGAAGUGAUUUUAAACAGAGCAGACACCCAGACCAUCUUUGAGGCACGGCCUCCUUCACUGCAGCAAUAUGAGAUUACGGUGGAAGAGAUUCCCGUUCUGGAGGAAGCAAAGAUCCGAGACGGCGUCAAAGAGGAGACGGCGGAGAGGCGUCUCAGUCUGGACAUGGAGGUUGAGACCUGCAACAAAGAUGAAGUCAAGAGAGAGAUCAACCUUCUUUUAAAAGCUGAAGCGACGUCGUUCACAGCAGACACCCAGGAGAUUAGUUCUUCCCAGCAGCCCGACUGUCUGGUCCCUGUGGAGGAAAUGAAGACUUGUGAUGCUAAGCAGAUCAAAGAGGAGCAGGAGGAGAAGUCCAUCAGUCCAGACGUGGGAGCUGAAGCCUUCAACGUGGAUGAAGUCGGAGCUCCUGACUCAGAACCGGCCGAGUACCGCGAGCCGCUCCCGUCUCCCACGACUGAAACCGUGAGCCUGAACAAAAGCAUCGCCGGUGACGACGACGACGAAAGGACCGAAAUGUGUCGUUCAUCGUCGCCUCCUCGGAGCCGAAGUGCUGAGCUGCAACAGCCUCCGGGAGGAGACCGGUCCUGCCGUCUUUGUGGUAAACAUUUUAGCAAAGACUCUUUCCUCAUAAAACACGUGGCCGAGCGCCACAAAGGACACUUGGCCUUUAAAUGCCUGCAGUGCAAAAAGGAGUUUGAACAAAGGUACCGGAUGGUGAUGCAUACGAGGAUUCACACCGGGGAAAAGCCCUUCAGUUGUGACUUCUGUGACAAAACAUUCACUCAGAGCUCGGGUCGUAUCGUCCACAUGAAGAAGCACACCGGAGAGAAACUGGCCAGCCCACUAAAAUGUAGCGACAUGCAGAAAGGGAGCCAGGUCACCCCAGAAAAGGUGAACGUAGAGGAGGAGGAGCCCUUGAAAUGCUUUGAAUUGGCAACGAGGAGUUUAAUCAAAAGCAGCGGCUCCAUCACGCCGGUGAAAAACCCUUUUAGUUGCGACUACUGCGGCAGAACGUUUGCUCAGAACUCGAGUUGUGUGGUUCACAUGAGACAGCACACCGGAGAGAAGCCGUUUCUCUGCAGGAAAUGCGGCAAGAGAUUUAUUAGCAGCGGCCAUUUAAAAUCGUGCAAAGGGAAGAACCGCUCUGCACAACAGGCGGCAGAACUUACUAACGUUCGAUUAGUUUACAUUGCCGAACUACGCGAGUUUCACUCAAAGAGCCGUCAGCCAAAGAGUGCCUCGUGCGUCACCUUUCCCGGUAACGUUUCUCCGGUGCAUCUCUCCGUGAUGUCGGGCUCGCAGCUGCUCAGACUGCGGGUCAACGAGCGGCUGGAAGCGGCCGUGGAGGAAAUAUUCGGCCUCGUCGAGAAGACGAUAGCGGAGUACGAAGACGGAGCAGUCCGCUCCAAGAGAGAAAUCGGCCAGCUGAAGCGGCAGCUCGAGCAGCUGGUCGUUUUAAAACCCCAAGUGAUCUUAAACAGAGCAGACACCCAGACCAUCUUUGAGGCACGGCCUCCUUCACUGCAGCAAUAUGAGAUUACGGUGGAAGAGAUUCCCGUUCUGGAGGAAGCAAAGAUCCGAGACGGCGUCAAAGAGGAGACGGCGGAGAGGCGUCUCAGUCUGGACAUGGAGGUUGAGACCUGCAACAAAGAUGAAGUCAAGAGAGAGAUCAACCUUCUUUUAAAAGCUGAAGCGACGUCGUUCACAGCAGACACCCAGGAGAUUAGUUCUUCCCAGCAGCCCGACUGUCUGGUCCCUGUGGAGGAAAUGAAGACUUGUGAUGCUAAGCAGAUCAAAGAGGAGCAGGAGGAGAAGUCCAUCAGUCCAGACGUGGGAGCUGAUGCCUUCAACGUGGAUGAAGUCGGAGCUCCUGACUCAGAACCGGCCGAGUACCGCGAGCCGCUCCCGUCUCCCACGACUGAAACCGUGAGCCUGAACAAAAGCAUCGCCGGUGACGACGACGAAAGGACCGAAAUGUGUCGUUCAUCGUCGCCUCCUCGGAGCCGAAGUGCUGAGCUGCAACAGCCUCCGGGAGGAGACCGGUCCUGCCGUCUUUGUGGUAAACAUUUUAGCAAAGACUCUUUCCUCAUAAAACACGUGGCCGAGCGCCACAAAGGACACUUGGCCUUUAAAUGCCUGCAGUGCAAAAAGGAGUUUGAACAAAGGUACCGGAUGGUGAUGCAUACGAGGAUUCACACCGGGGAAAAGCCCUUCAGUUGUGACUUCUGUGACAAAACAUUCACUCAGAGCUCGGGUCGUAUCGUCCACAUGAAGAAGCACACCGGAGAGAAACUGGCCAGCCCACUAAAACGUAGCGACAUGCAGAAAGGGAGCCAGGUCACCCCAGAAAAGGUGAACGUAGAGGAGGAGGAGCCCUUGAAAUGCUUUGAAUUGGCAACGAGGAGUUUAAUCAAAAGCAGCGGCUCCAUCACGCCGCUCCCGUCCUCCACGACUGAAACCGUGAGCCUGAACGAAAGCAUUGACGCCGGCGAACGGACCGAAAUGUGUCGUUCGUCGUCGCCUCUUCAGAGCCAACUUGCUGAGCUGCAACAGCCUCCGAGAGGAGACCGGUCCUGCCGUUUAUGUGGUAGAAAAUUUCGUCUGGACUCUUUCCUCAUAAAACACGUGGCCGAGGAUCACAAAGGACACUUGGCCUUUAAAUGCCUGCAGUGCAAAAAGGAGUUUGAACAAAGGUACCGGAUGGUUAUUCAUACGAGGGUUCACCUCGGUGGAAAGUUCCUUUAGGCUACUGUGAUGAAACAUUCACUCAGAGCUCGUAUCGUCCACAUGAAGAAACACACCAGAGAGAAACUUGGCACAAAGAAUGAAGGAGGAAGAGGAAAGAAACUCAACGCUGUGGGAGAAAACCUCGGCAUGAACGACCUGUUUGAACUACAAUCUUCUCACUUGUCGUAUUCCAUUUAUUAUUUAAAUUUAGCAGAGUAGGAAACUAUAUUCAACCGUUUCUGAGGAUUCGAUUGAUGGAUUGUGUCUGUUUUUGAUUUGACUGUCAUUUA